AUGGACCGGGUCGAGAACAAGGCCAGCAAAGAGAAGGCCAUGGGAAUGUUGAAAGCCAUAGAAGCCCAUCUCUUGAAAACGCUGAUGCUUACGAGCAAUCCACAGACAGCGAAGCACAAGGUCGAGGUCCUGGACAAGGAGAACUUCACCUACUGCUACUCAAUCAUCGAGGGCGAAAUGCUGGGCACCACCUUCGAGAAGAUCACCCAUGAGGUGAAGAUCAACGCGUUGCCUUUGGGAGGCUCGAUGUUGAAGUGCACGGACAGUUACUUCACCGCGGAGGAGAUCAACACCUGGAAAGAGAAGGUGUCCGCGAUGUACGAGGCCAUCGAGGCUAUCUCUUGGCAAACCCAAAAGGAGACAGGAAAAGGAGACAGGAAGAGUUUGAGUCACUCUGUUUGGAGCUAA